AUGCAAAGUUAUUCAACAGUUUCGCAUCCAAACUCUCCUCUCAUCCUCCUCCCCCUGGCUGCAUCAGGCUCCAUGAUGGCCGCUGUCCGCUCCACACAGACGCGUCUGGGGCAUGGACUUGAGCGACCCGCAACCCCGUCACGAGUGGUGAUGGCCUAUGAACCUCGGGCCCCUGUGCUGUGGCCCCUGCUGGUCCCUCUCCUGUGCCUGGCCCCUGGUCCCGCUCUGUGUGUUGCCAGCCCCCGGGGAAAGGGUCCUCGACGCAGCUGUCUGCCUCUGCCUGAGGAGCUGCUGCAGCAGAUGUACGGCCGCCUCACUGUGGGGGUUCUGAGUGCUUACAACCACGCUCUGGAGCUGGAGAGUCCUGCCCAAGAGCAGAACCUCAGCUGCCCCUCCAGCGCUGCAUGGGCCUCAGGGGCCUCAGAGGCCCAGCUCCCUUUGAACCUGCUCAGCAUCUCUCCCUGGGCUUACAGGAUGUCACAUGACCCUGGCCGGUUCCCGCGCUCGCUCCCGGAGGCGUACUGUCUGUGCGGUGGCUGUCUGAUCGGAGCGUACGGCCAGGAGAGCGCAGACUUCCGCAGUGUCCCGGUGUUGGCCCCUGCUGUGGUGCUGAGGAGGACCGGCCACUGUUUGGGGGGCCGCUACACUUACGCAGAGCACUACAUCUCUGUGGCCGUGGGCUGCACCUGUGUCCCCAGCAUGGAGCCAGAGGAGGGGCCCGAGCCGGGGCCCGGAGAGCCGCACGGGAAUGCCAUUGACUAA